AUGACGGCUGGCCCGCGGUGGCACGCUGUGCUGGCGCUGGCGGGGCCGGUGGCCGCCGGGGACCGCGGGGACCGCAGUGACCGGGCGGUGGGGCCCUGGUGGGGUCUGCUGUGCAUGGCGCUGUGCCUGGCGCUGGCUGGCACCACCUGCCCCUCUUCGGCCGGCCAGUACCACCCUUGGCGCUGGGCCGGGGCCCUGGCGCGGCUGCGGGGACGGUGGCAGCGGCUGCGGGCGCUGGGGGACCCCGCCGAGGCACCCGGGGACGCCGACACGGAGGUGGCCGGGAGGGAGGAGGACGAGGAGCUGAUGCCGUGGAGCCUGGAGAGGAGGCCGGAGCGGGAGGAGGAGGAGGAGGAGGAGGAAGAGCGGGAGGCGGCGAAUGAAGAGGAGGAUGAGCAGGAGGCCGAGGCAUCCCUGGCCUUGGAGGGAGGGGAGAGCCCCCCGAGCGGGGGGCAGGGGGCGGGGGGCAGCGCCGAGGCCUUGCUCAGUGACCUGCGCCCCUUCUCGGGGACGGCGGCCUGGGAGGACGCGCGGCCAAAUGUCACCGCCUUGUGACGUCACCGCCUUGUGACGUCACCCCGUGACGUCACCCCAUGAUGUCACCCCGUGUCGCCACUGCCGUGAGAUGUCACCGCCCUGUGAUGCCACUGCCCUGUGAUGUUGCCACCCUGCCGAGUCAGCACCGCCCCGUGACGUCGCCAUCCCGUGAUGACACCACCGCCCUGGGAUGUCACCACCGCCCCGUGACGUCACCACCCUGCGACAUCACAUCCUUGUCCUGCGAUGUCAGCACCCUCUGACGUCACCUUGUCACCCCUCACAUGUGAUGUCACCGCCCUGCUCCGAUGUCACUGCCCUGUGAUGUCACGUCGUUCUGACACCCCUGUCCUGCGAUGUCACCCCCCCCCCCGGGAUGUCACCUCCUCGCGAUGUCACCGCCCUCCCAGCAGAGGGACCCCUCCUCUGCCCCCAGCAGAGCCUUCUGAUUGGCUGCACAGGCCUGGACACCAGCCAAUAAAGAGCAGCU